AUGCCAUGUGGAGAGCGCAUCCUCGCUGCCGUCUGCAGGUCGCGCCUCGUCGAUCACCUCACCGGGGCUAUUCUUGCUCCAGCUCAUGAAAUCGACAGCAAGGAUGCCACCGGGAAGGACGCCAAGCUUCCAAACCCAGCAUUCAACGAGUGGUAUGCGAGGGACCAACAUGUUCUCAGCUUCAUCUUCGGCUCCCUAGCGCGGGAUGUCACGUCUCAGGUCUCCGCUAAGGAAUCGGCGGCUGAGUUAUGGUCUGCAAUCGAGGCAAUGUACUCAUCGCGGACCAGGGCACAUGCAGUGAACACGCGUGUCGCUCUUGCAACAACCCAGAAGGGCAAUCAAACUGUUGCAGAGUUUGUUGGCAAGAUGUGGUCUCUUGGUGAUGAGAUGGCCGCCGCUGGCAGGCCCCUCGAAGAAGAAGAGCUCAUGGAGUACAUUCUCACGGACCUGGACUUCGACUUCAACCCGAUCGUGUCCAUUCUCCUUGUCCAGAAGGGGUCGAUCUCCAUCGAAGAAGUCUACUCCUAG